AUGGAAACUGAAGGUGCUGGCAAAGGUGUUGAGUCCAAAAGGCUUGUGGAUAAAAUUUGGAAUUUAGAAGCCGAAAAGGAAUCGUUAAGGAAAGAGAAUGAAUCACUAAAAAAGAAGGUCGGUAAUAAGCAAGUGGAAAUUCAUGAAUUAAGGCGAAGAGCAGAUUCGUUUGGCAAUUACGGAAAACUAGCCUCCACAGAAGGUGAACAGUCUAAUGAUGGAAGUCCAACAAACACUUCCAAUGAACCCAUGCAGUUCAUGCAAAAAACCUUAGAGAGAGUAUCAGCUGACAAGGAUGCCAUUUAUUCGGAAAAGAAACAGUUGGAGGAACAAUUAGAAAAGAAAGAAAAUGAGUUAAAACUACAUGAAAGCAAAGUGGCCAAGUUACUAUUGGAACAGAAAGGACUAUAUCAAGAGAAAAGAAUUUCGCAAAAGAUUAUGUUAGAUCGAGAAGAAGAAAUAAAACGGCUAGUAUUCAAGUUAUGGCAAUUAUUAGAUGAUUUAACAAGCGGAACAAUUGAGUUGGGAUCGCCUGCAAAAAAAUCAACGGCCAAACAUCAAAAGAUUUUGCUCUUACAAGAAAGAGUUCAAAACUUAAUGUCGGAUAUGAAUGUAAUUACUGAAGCGAAAGACAAGAAGGAUGAGACAAGAAAGCGUACAGAUAGUAAUGCUUCACAUAGCGAGGAUGGAAAGCCAUCUAUGUCUACAAGCAAGUCAUCAGAAACAGCAGAAGAAAAACCGGCAGUUAGUGCGUUUAUUAAAAAAUUCGAAACCAGUAACAAAUCUGAUAAAGAAGAUUCGUCCAAUUCUACUAUAGUUUUGCAAUUAAAUAACAAAAUUGAAAUCCUACAAGCUGAAAAUAACAGAUUACUACAAGAUAAGCGAUCUAUGGCUUAUGAUCUAUCUCAACGGAUGGAAGAAAUAAAUAAUCUUAAACAACGGGAUCUAUCAAUUAAUAAUCAUGAUGAUAAUUUCGAUGGCGCGCAAUUAGGUGAAGAAUUUAAUUCUGGUUUUAUAACUGAUACAAAUAAGAAUAAGUCUCGACUGCCGUUACAAACAGCUCAAAUUCAGCUUCCAAAUUCCUCAGACUUAAUAUCAGGGGAAGAAGCACCUUUAUUCCCAUCAAGGAAAGAAACUAUAUUACAAAAAUAUUGCUGUUGCUGUUCUAUAUUAUGA